AAGAGUCCGGUCCAGUAGCUCGUCGUAAACGUCUCCACUAACCCAUCCUGCCCGACGACGACCACCAUGGCGGCUGCCUCCCUCUCCCGCCGCGCCACCGCGGCCGCGGUGGCGCCCUCCCUCCGCCGCCUCCUCUCCGCAACCUCCACGGCCUCCAUCUCCCCCGCCGUGCCAUCCACCCCGCCGCCUCGCAGCGCGGCCACCGCGGCCUCGGUGGGGGCGGAUCGGGUGCGGUGGGACUACCGCGGCCAGCGGCAGCUGGUGCCACUGGGCCAGUGGAUGCCCAAGGUGGCGGUGGAUGCGUACGUGGCCCCCGAGGCCGUGCUUGCCGGGCAGGUCACCGUCCACGACGGCGCCUCCGUCUGGAGCGGCUCCGUGCUGCGGGGUGACCUCAACAAGAUCACGCUCGGCUUCUGCACCAACGUCCAGGAGCGAUGCGUCCUCCACGCCGCCUGGUCGACACCCAUAGGACUUCCAGCUGAGACUCUUGUUGACCGAUAUGUGACAGUGGGCGCCUACUGUCUGUUGCGCUCAUGCACCAUUGAGCCUGAGUGCAUCAUUGGUCAGCACUCCAUCCUCAUGGAAGGAUCAUUGGUCGAAACCAACUCAAUCCUUGAAGCUGGCUCCGUUCUGCCUCCUGGAAGAAGGAUUCCGACUGGUGAACUCUGGACUGGGAACCCAGCCAGGUUUGUUCGGAAGCUGACCAAUGAAGAGAUCAUGGAGAUUCCAAAGCUCGCAGUUGCAAUCAAUGAUCUGAUGCAAAGCCAUUUCUCAGAGUUCCUCCCUUACUCUACUGCUUAUUUGGAGGUAGAGAAGCUGAAGAAGUCGUUUUCAAUUCCUCUGUAAGAUCAUGUUUUCCCUCGUCCAGCUAAAUGAAUGAGGAAAUAAAGGUGCCCAAAUACUAGAUGUUUUGUCUGGGUUGAUCUCAACGUUGUGAAAUUUUUGUUCAUUGUUGUUGUGAGCUUGGGGACACACUUGCAGGAAUCAUGUCUUUGUUUCUGUUCACCCAAUGCAAUGCACUGUGCUCGGUAGUGCCA